AUGGACUAUGACGCAUUCCAAGAAUUAUUAAUGCUAGUAAAACCUCUGAUAGAAAAGAAGAACACUUUAUUCAGAGAAGCAUUUCCAUCAAAAGAAGAGGAAUGGCUCAAAGUAGCAGAAGGAUUUAACAAUAUGUGGCAAUUUGAAAAUUGCUUAGGAGCCGUAGACGGCAAACACAUAGCUAUCAAAUAG